AUGCUGCAGAAGAAGAAGCACUGGAGGUCCAUGUGCAAGGGGCUUGUUCUGGGAACUGUCCUGACCAGCUUUAUGCUACUGCUGUACUCCUACGUGAUUCCACCCCUGCAAGUCAGCAUGAUGGAGAUUCCUAUCCCUUACUCCUGCUCCUCCUAUCCUGCCCAGGCCAGGGUGCCAGGUGCAGCAAACAGCACCCACAGUCCCCCGGGGCAAGGAUGUCUGCCCAAGCUGGACAUCAUGUUCAUGAAGACACACAAGACAGCCAGCAGCACCAUUCUAAACAUCCUCUUCCGCUUCGGCGAGAAGCACCGCCUCAAGUUCGCCUUCCCCAAUGGCCGCAAUGACUUCUAUUACCCCUCCUACUUUGAACGCAGCCAGGUCCAGGACUACCAGCCCGGCAUGUGCUUCAAUAUCAUUUGCAACCAUAUGCGCUUCCAGUACCAGGAGGUGCGCAAGCUACUGCCAGCUGAUACCAUCUUUCUGACAGUGCUGCGGGACCCCGCCUACCUCUUCGAGUCCUCCUUCCACUACUUUGGGCGCAUCAUCCCCCUCACCUGGAAGCUGCAAGGCGAGGACAAGCUGGCAGAAUUCCUCCGUGAUCCAUGGCACUACUAUGACCCUAACGGGUUCAACGCUCACUACCUCCAGAACCUGCUCUUCUUUGACCUGGGCUAUGACAACAACAUGAAUGCCAACAGCCCCUUGGUGGACCAGUACAUCCAGGAGAUCGACCAACAUUUCCAUCUGGUCAUGCUGUUGGAGUACUUUGAUGAGUCCCUAGUGCUCCUGAAGGACCUGUUGUGCUGGGAGCUGGAGGACAUCCUCUACUUCAAGCUCAACGCCCGCAAGGACUCCACUGUCUCCAAGAUGACCGGUGAGCUCUAUGAGAAGGCCACCUACUGGAACCUCAUUGACGCCAAGCUCUACCGCUACUUCAAUGCCACCUUCUGGCGCAAGGUGGAGGCCUAUGGGUGGGAGCGAAUGGCCAGGGAUGUGGCCGAGCUGCACCAGGAGAACGAGAAGAUGAAGAGCAUCUGCAUCGAUGGAGGGCGCCCUGUGGAUGCCAACGCCAUCCAGGAGUCCUCCAUGCAGCCAUGGCAGCCGCUGGGCCAGAAGUCCAUCCUGGGUUACAACUUGAAGAAGAAGAUCAACAAGAAGCACCGGAAGCUGUGCCGCAAGAUGUUGACGCCCGAGAUCCAGUACCUGACCGAUUUGGGCGUCAACCUCUGGAUCACCAAGCUCUGGAGCCACGUGCGGGAGUUCUUAAAGUGGUAA